CCCAGCAUGGCGAGGGCGGGAGGGAGACCUCACCCGCCUCCUCAGCAGCUAUGGCUGCCUCCAACCCUUGGGACCCGGCGCAGCCCACAGCGGCGGGGGCGCUGCUGGCGCGGUGCGUGGCCGCGGGCGUGGUGAGCCAGGAAAUGCUGGAUUUAUCUCGGAGACAAACCCCCUGCUUUGUGAAGCUCUCAGAGAUGGAACAAAUUGCAGAUCUUGAAGCUGAAAUUAAUCAGAAAAACCUGGAAAUAGAAAUCCUGCAAUUGGAAAAGGAGACAGCAGAUAUUGCUCACCCAUUCUUCCUGAACCAGAAAUAUGAAAUUUUGCAAGAUAUGAACAGACACCUGGAAGCAGUACUGAAAGAGAAGAAGACUCUUAGGCAGAGGUUAAUGAAGCCUUUGUGUCAAGAAAAUUUGCCUAUUGAGGCAGUCUUCCACAGGUAUGUAGUAGAGUUCUUGACUCUGGCAGUGUCCUUUAUUGAGAAACUAGAAAGCCAUCUGCAGACGGUAAGGAGCAUCCCUCAAAUACCCCAGACCAUGAAAAACCUGGAUAAUGCUUUGGCAAAAAUAGAUUUGCUGGUAACAGAAGUGGAAGAGUUGGCAGAACAGGUACUGAAGUGGAGAGAGCUGCAAAAAGGAAUCCACUGUGACAGCUUCCAGAACUCCAAAUCAGACCAUAGCUUCAGCAGCCUAAAUCCUAUUUAAUACAUCUUCUUUCUCUGACAAAUAAGAUGCCCAGUUGCCAAUUUCUGUUCUUAUAUGUCCAAUGUGAUAAUGUGUGCCUUAGUCUAACAAGAAUUUUGCUUGGGUAUCUUUCUGUUCUAGAAAGGGGAGUUGAGUUGAUAACAAGUAUUAUUUAAAAAUCAAAAUUGAGCUGUAAAUAAUAGGUUUUAUUGUCUAGGUAUAACUCCACUUGUUUAUGCUGACAUAUUAAGCAUUCCGACAGAACUGAAUUAUGGCCUACCCUAGCAUGUGUAAGAUGUCUUAAUAUAGCUAAUGCACAUGCCAUGAGGACUAAAUCUGUUUCUGUGGAUGUUUUGCUAUAUUUUGUAUUACAGGAAUUAUAAUAAAUGCAUUUGAUUAUAAA